AUGCCCGUCAACAUCGGCGUGAAAUGGGGCAAGAACAGCUACGACGUCGAGGUCGACACCUCCGGCGUGGGCCUCGACCUCAAGACGCAGCUGUUCUCCCUGACCGGCGUGCCCCCCGAGCGGAUCAAGCUCAUGGGACUUAAGGGCGGCAAGCAGCUGACGGACGACAUUCCCCUCGCCGAUUGCGGCCUCGAGGACAUCGCCGCGAAGAAGAAGAAGCUGAUGAUGAUGGGGAGCACCGCGGAGGUCAUCAAGGCGCCGGAAAAGGAGAUCACCUUCGUGGAGGACCUCCCCGAGGAGGAGCAGGAGGCUGCGACCAUGGCGAACUUCUCGCCCGGGCUCACCAACCUCGGCAACACCUGCUACAUGAACGCGACGAUCCAGUGCCUGUACGCCGUGCCCGAGCUCCGAUCUAUCCUCAACGACGCGUCCGCCGCGGGCGGCGGCACGCCCGCGUCCGCCCCCGCGCCCGGCGGCGGCACCGCGCUCGCCAACGCCACCCGAGAUCUCUUCAACGAGAUCAAAAACUCCAACGCGGCGGUGACGCCGUUUAGAUUCCUCGCGCUCCUGCGCCAGCUGUUCCCGCAGUUCGCGCAGGUUGGGCAGGGUGGCGUGUACUCGCAGCAGGACGCGGAGGAGUGCUGGAGCUCCAUCCUGCAGACGCUGUGCCGCGAGGUUCCCGCCAUAGACAAACUUUUCGGCCUCCGACUGAAGAUGUCGCUCAAGAAUGAGCUCACGGGGGAGACCAGGGAGGAGGUCAAGCGGGAGUACAACUUCAAGUGCAACAUCACCAUCAACGUCAACCACCUGUCCGAGGGCUUCCGCGUCGCCCUGGACGAGGAGCGCGAGUACGGCGGAGAGAUAUUCAAGGGGCACAACCGCGUGUGCGAGCUGCCCCCGUGGCUCAACGUGCAGAUGGUUCGAUUCUUCUGGAAGAUGCCCGGAGCCAACGACCCGGCUGACGCCACCGGCCAGAAGGCUAAGAUUCUCCGCGCCGUCACCUUCCCCGUGCUCCUCGACAUGUACGAGCACUGCACGGACGAGUACAAGGCGGCGCUCGAUCCCGCGAGGGCUGCGAAGAUCAAGAAGGAGGAAGCGGACGCGGAGGCUCGACUGCGAGCCGACCCGAGGGCGAGGCUGGCGGCGGAGGCUGCCGACGCCGCCGCGAGGGAGCUCGAGGAGAAGGAAAAGGAGAAGGCGGCGGCGGCUGGGGGCGAAUCGGGGGGCGAGCUCGCGAUGGACGUGGACUCGUCGGGUAUCGAACCGGGGACCCGGCCCACGGGAUUUUACGAGUUACACGCCGUGCUGACGCACAAGGGGCGAUCCGCGGAUUCCGGGCACUACGUCGCGUGGGUGCGGAACAAGGACGACUCGUGGACGGAGUUCGACGAUCACCAGCCCAAUCCGAAGAAGCUGGACGACAUCCUCGCGCUCAAGGGUGGGGGCGACCACCACAUGGGAUACCUCCUCAUGUACAAGGCGCAGUACAUCUGA